GAAGGCGCCUGCCGCCUAGUCGUUCGCGGUCCGCCACGGGGAUUGGUGUUCAACGUUUUCCACUCGCUACCAAUUUUCCGACGGCUAACUUCGUAACCGGUGCAUUUGACUUUUUAUUUUAUUAUUGUGGUUUAUUUGUUACUUUACUUUCUUUUAUUUCGUUUGAGUUGGUGACUUGGCACGGCGACGAUAAAACGUACUAGCCAAUCUUUGUGAUUGGUAAUGUUUGGAUCUUCCUUUGCUGUUCUAUUAAACUAUCACGAUUCGUAAAACACGCCAAAAAACUCCAAGAUGUGUCCGAAAACGAAGAGAUAAAAAAUAUAAAAAGGAUAAGAAACCCGCGAUGUUCUCAUUGGGCGAGGGCUGUGGCUGUGUGAGCUUCAGAGGGCGCCGCACGCGCUCCCUGGGUGAUGACUCGUCCUCUUGUCGCAGCUCGGAGAUAGAACAGGAGGUGCCCAAAAAGUUAGGGAAAAGAAUACUUAACGGUGAAUGCACCAUGAAAGCACUUGCACCAUUCCUUAGAUUUUGGAAGAGAGAUGACGUCAGCAUGACCAAAGCGGAGAGAACCAUGAAAGCCGCCAUACUAAUACAACAGUGGUAUCGGCGCUACUUGGCCCGCAUGGAGGUGCGGCGGCGUUAUACUUGGACGAUCUUUCAGAGCAUCGAGUACGCCGGCGAACAGGAUCAAGUUAAAUUGUACAACUUCUUUAACGCCUUACUGAGUCAUAUGAGAGAAACCAGUGCAAGACCAUCCUCUGAGAAGACCUCAAGGACAGCAUCUGUUACGGAACAGGUAUUUUCUGAGGAGUCAGAUGAAGGUGGAGGCGUCGACGAGACCGCUCCGCCGAAAAAUUCUCGCGACCCCGACAUCGAGUUCCCUUUGCAAAGAAAAGAUAUAGAUUUACUCAUUGAAAUAUUUAGAAAAAAGAAACACCGUUUACAUCCGAAGCAAGUAGCGCAAAUUCUAAAGGAAGCAGCCCAGAUGCUGAAGAGAUUGCCAAACAUAAACGUCGCGACGACUUCGAUUUCUAGUCAAAUUACUAUUUGCGGAGACUUGCAUGGCAAACUAGACGAUUUACUAGUAAUAUUUCACAAGAAUGGCUUGCCAUCACCAGAGAAUCCAUACAUAUUCAAUGGGGAUUUCGUGGACCGGGGCAAGAAAGGACUGGAGGUAUUUCUUCUGCUGCUCGCGUGCAUGUUGGCGUUCCCCGGGGGAGUUUAUUUGAACCGAGGCAACCACGAGGAUCUUAUCAUGAAUUCCAGGUACGGCUUCAUACGGGAAGUCCAUCAAAAAUACCGGCAUAACGCGGAACGUCUUCUGAAGCUGAUCGAGAACGUCUACCGCUGGCUUCCACUUGGCACCAUCAUCAACAACCGCGUGUUCGUCGUCCAUGGUGGUAUUUCCGACACCACCGACCUGGACAUGGUACGAAGUCUAGAGAGGGAAAAGUACGUAUCACUUCUGAGGCCACCUAUGAAUGAAGGCGCUGCGCCGGGCGCCGAAGGCAUCGAUAAGGUGGAAUGGAAACAGGUGUUCGAUAUUCUCUGGUCCGAUCCUCAAACUGUUGGCGGUUGCGUCGCCAACGCCUUGCGCGGCGCUGGAACCUACUUCGGCCCCGACGUCACCACCACCUUCCUCAGCAAGAAUAAACUGAGCUUCAUUGUCAGGAGCCACGAGUGUAAACCUGGAGGAUACGAAAUACUACAUAAUGGGAAUGUGAUCACAAUAUUUUCGGCGUCAAACUAUUACGAACUGGGUUCUAAUAAAGGAGCGUACCUGAAACUAUGCGGGAACUCCUUGGACCGUCAGUUCGUUCAAUACACUGCAGCCGUGUCCCGCACGCGUCGGCUCACGUUCCGCCAGAGAGUGGGACUGGUCGAGUCUUCUGCGAUGAGGGAGCUGCACAGCCAGAUAAUGUCAGCGCGUAGAACUCUGGAGGCCACUUUCCGAAGUAUGGAUGUGGAUCAGAGCGGCUUUAUCUCAAUCAGCGAUUGGUGCUACGCAAUGGAGGAGACGACACAUCUCGGGCUGCCGUGGAGGAUGCUCAAGGACAAGCUGGUCCGCACGGACCCCGACACGCGCCUCGUCCGGUAUAUGGACACUUUCGAUCUACCUGCUAACCGCGUCGGACGGAAGUCUGAUGCUCAAACUGUGGUGGAGACGCUGUACAAAAACAAAAGAAGUUUGGAGGCGAUAUUUAAAAUUCUCGAUAAGGACAAUUCAGGCUACAUAACGUUAGAGGAGUUUUCUGAAGCUUGCCAGCUACUGGGUAAAUAUAUGCCGAAUCCAAUGACGCAAGAGCAGCUAGUUGAUAUUUGUAGAUUGAUGGAUAUCAACAAGGACGGUUUAGUGGAUCUGAAUGAGUUCUUAGAAAGCUUCAGACUUGCAGAAAAGAGUCUGCACGAAGAGGACCACAUAUUGGCCGAUAUCAAAGCUUCCUGACAGGAGCUAGACCGCUAUCCUAGCAGGACAGCGGUCGAUAAAGACGAAACUGAAGUCGAAAUCGAAUUCCUCAAAAUUGACGAAGUUCCCAACAACGUGCGCCCGAAAUACAAGAAAUCUGGAAGCAGGUCGGCAAUCAAUAGGGAUGAAACCGGCGUUGACGUUGAAGUAUUGAACCUAGAGGAAAACAGUCACCGGAAGUACAACAAAAACGGUAGAGCACAUUUGACGGGCGAUCUUGCGAGCUCCUCGAGAGACGUAGAGGAAAUAGAAUUAAUAGAUUAUAGCAGAUCUAAACGACCAGGCCUCCUAGAAAGUGACAUAUGAACACUGCCAAUCGGGAUUAGGGAAAAAUUGGAAUUUCAACGGAAACUGAAAGAGGCAAUUCUGUCCCUACUUUUAAAAGUCACAUAAUUAAAGUCAAUGAAACGUACGCAAUUAAUGCUAACAAAUUACGAGAGCUAUCUAGUCUAUUGUACUUGAGUAAUGAAAGCUUUGUUUUAAUUUUAAAAUAUGUAGUUAAGUUUACGCAGAGAUUAAUGAGACUGGGUACCUAUUAAAAAUUUCUAAAGUAUAGCUUUGCAGGUACCUCACUUACCUAUUAUAUUAAAACAAGUUUCUAUAAUAAUAACAUUAUAUCUAUCUACUAAUUAUAAAAGCUUUUAUUAUAUUUAAAACUGACUCUCAGUCAUAAUAGAAAUUUUACUAAAACAAUUUUAAUAAAAAAACUUUGUGUUAUAUAACAAUUAUAUUACAAAAACGGCUCGAAUAUGAAUACUGAUACCUACAUUUGUCCUUUGAAUAUAAUCCUAUUUAUGGAUAAUAGCUAGGUAAUUUAUUUACUAAAUGUAUUUUAAUUUCAUUAUAAUAGUAGGUUUGUAGUUUGAGAUUUUACAUCUCAGUAAUUUUGAUAGAAUUCGAAAGUCAAAUAAUAGCAUCAAGGAAAAAUGGACCUAAAUCUACCCAGCAUAAAAAUUUUGAUUUUUACAAGAUUUUAAUUUUGCAAUGGUUCCGCUUUGAGCGCUGACUGUAGAUCUAUGGAUAAACUUGAGCUUUAAUACAAGGAAGUUAAGGUUCACUUUAGUUCAACACUGAAAUCUUCCGAUGCUGGAAUACUAUCAACGUUGGUGAAAUGUAAAAUCUAAUACUAAGCACACAGUACUAAAAGGUCCAGAAAAUAGUGCAUAAAAUGACGUGGUGUCUACGUUUGUAUGUGAAAUUGCUAUCUAUAACUAAUGUUCGUAUUUUCUAAAGCAUUUUGAAUCGAGCCUAAUCUAUUUACUCAUAGUAAAAGAUAUUAUGUAUGAGGACCGUAUGAAUUUUAAAUUAAAAUAUUGUAAUUAUUGUAAUAUUGUAAUACUAUACGAUUUGGGGACUAUUUAGAGUAAAUAUUGCGAAUAUUUUAAUAAGAUUUCAUGUUUUUACAUUAAUCCACCUUUUACAUUAAAUAAAUUAAUAAUAAAAUCAUUAUAUUUCAUGAAUAUUUGCUUUCAUAAUAAUUGAGCUAAUUGUUUUGAUGAUGAUGCCAUAUUUUUUUUAAUAACUGGUUAAUUAUUUAUUACAUUCGUGCCAAGCUAUAAAAUAUUGAGUAAACGGGUAAGUAAUAUAAUUUUAAAUAAGUAAUUAAGAAUUAAUUUGUGUAUCUUUUUUCAAUAAAAAUGAAUGUAGUUGGGAAUAUAUGCCGUCAAAGAACAGCCGGCGUUAAGGGGCAAAUUUAAUUUGGUUUUUGAUUGGCGCAAUUAAAGUGCCAUAAGCCUACUUUGUCGUAUUAGUUUACAAAUUGCGAAAAACCAAAUUGAAUUUGAAUUUCGCGGGCAGACCCGUCUCUUACACCUUAAUUGUCUCUGUUACACGAAGUAAAUAUUAUUACUCAGUUUCUUGUAGCAUUUUACUUUUAAGUAUCAUAAAGAAUUGUUCAGGUCAUCACAAUCUAUGAAAACUUGUGUACAAUGUUUAAAAUAAUUUAGAUAACCUUCCGUAGUUCAUCGGCGACAUUCAAUACCCAAUUUAAGUAUUUAUAUAUUUUACAAUAAUAAUUCACAUUAUAAACGAAAUAUGGGAGCAAUGAUGCUAAAUUACAAAAUAUUUACUCAUAUUUAUAUACUUUUGUAUUAGCUAAUUAGUGACGGUGCUUAAAAGUACCAAAAAUAUCUGUAUAGCUAUUAAUAUAAAUUUUCAAUAAGUAGUUCCUUUUUAUCGUAGCUUAAAAUAAAUAAAUAGCAUGCUUUAAAAUAAAUGAAUCUAAAAUUCUCGUAGAAAUCAUAUCCAAAGAUUAGAUGGAAAAAUAUUUUAUUAUAAUAAGAGUCAUUAUAUUCAUACAUUCAUUUUCGUAGCAAUUCUAGUCACUAUGAGAGUUAUAUUAAUGUACGGUUUUGCAUACAUAUCUUUAAAUUCAAGCUAUUAAUCAUUCCAAUGUAUCUUUAUUAUGAAUGCAUUGAAAUUAAAUCUAUAAACGUAUCUACGUUUUAUAUGGUUUCACAUGUUUUCAGUUUGAACCCAUUUAUUUAAAUUUUACAGCACUAAUAAUACUUCUUUGAUUCUGAUUUGUUUUUAUUAGAUCUUUUCAAGAUAAGUUACUUUCUGAAGUUUGACUGCCAUCGACAAAAAAUGUUCAUUCAUAGAAUACAACUGCAUGUUGAACGUUACUUAACUAUUUUUAAUUUUAACAUUAUAAUUAUUAUGUGCUAUAUUGUAAGUUUUGUCCAUUAAAUUGUGAUACAAGAA